UCAGAAUAAAGGAAAACAGCUUGAGGAGCUUGCAGAGGAGUCUUCCUGCUUUCACUGCAGCAGCACCGUUAGUUCCUUCUCACAGAUCAGAAAGUGGCUUCGUCUGGUUAUUUUUCUCCUGAUCGUGGGGAAAGCAUCACUUUGUGUUUCCAUUUCAGGAUUCUUCAUGAUGAGCGUGUCUCAGAUAAUAGAGACUGAGGAGGAUCUGCUUACUUGUCUCCACAUCAAACUUUACCACCCACACCAGAUCCAUAAGGGCCUCUAUGGUCUACUGCCUCUAGGGGUCAGAUGUAGACACCCCGCCGAUGACCCCCUCAGGCUGGGCCGAGAUGCUCAGGCCUGCUCUUACGCACUGGUGGAUCCCCGGGUGUCCCGUAAACAGCUGGCCCUCCACGCCUACCGCUCGCCCCAGAGCCCUGAGAUGCUGUUCAGCCUUCAGAACCUGAGCCAGAGGGGGCGGCUGUCGGUGAACAGCACAGGGCUGGAAUACCUGGAGAGGAUGGAUCUCCCAGACAAGGCUCUGAUCCGGUUCGGGGAGUAUGAGAUGCUGAUCGUCCGUGAGUCUGGAGACGCCAAGGCCAGCUUUGAGGUGGAGUUUGAGGUGCUGGCGGUGCCUCCAUCCCGAGAAACGUGCACAUGUGCUGCAACUAUGACACCUGUCAUGGACACGGGCUUGAUAAACAGUUUUACAGCCGAGCUCAGGGUGGCUGGUCCCCAGGAGACUGAUGAGACUCUGAGUUAUUAAUAAUCAACCAUCCCUUCUUUUUUAAAGUGUUUUAUUUGCAAUGCAUUUGUUACGUCAUAGUUCAAGCAGGAUGGGAAUGUGAAACAGGAUCAUUUUCCAGACUUUGUCUAUCCUGCUUGGAACAAAGCUAUAUCCUUAGAAAUGCUGCUGCUUUCAAACUAAAUAUCUCUUAAAGCUGUUUGUACAUUUUCAACUUGAAUAAAUAAAGUUUUUCUGAUAUCCUGA